GUAACCAGGCCGACUAUGUGUUUAUCGCUGCUGGUUUUCGAUGUCGAAUUUUGAGUUUUUAUUUUUAUUUUAUUUUAUAGAACCACCAACAGCUGUGUUACAGUUCGUGAAAGUUGCCUAAAUUAACAGACUCAGCCAUGGAAGUGGAAUAUUUUGUGUCCAAAACCCUCGAGCUGCUGCGAAGGGAAAGAGAAGCUGAGGUUGCAGAAACACGUUUAUUACAGCAGAAUGUGCCUCUAAAGGAUCUGCAGCACAAAGGAGUUUGUCUGCUGAAGCUGCAGGUCACCAGUGAGCGGACAAGCCUCUAUGGACGUCACCUUGUUGUUUUUGAGCCCAGAAAACAUGUGGCAGGUGCCACUUUACCCAGCAACAACUUUGGACCAGGAGACAUUGUUGGGGUGUAUGACUCUGCACAAUGCAGUACAACCUCACAGCUGAGCACUGGGGUUGUGACCCGAGUAACCCAGGCAGCUAUAUCUGUGGCAUUUGACGAGUCCCAGGAUAGCCUCAGUUUGGAUGGGGAGGCCCUCUACAACCUCCUUAAGCUGGCUAAUGAUGUCACAUACAAGAGGCUGAAAAAUGCAUUGACAUCUCUCCGUGCUUGGAGUGGGGGUCGAACAUCCAGUCUGAUAAACGUCUUGUUCGGAACUUCCCAGCCAGGCACUCCUUUACAGUCAAGUGAUAUAGACUUCCUGAACACAAGUUUGGAUGAAUCCCAGAGAGAGGCUGUGUCCUUUGCUUUGUCUCAGAGGGAAGUAGCAAUCAUUCAUGGGCCGCCAGGAACUGGGAAGACCACCACUCUGGUAGAGAUAAUCUUGCAAGCAGUGAAAUGUGGUUUAAAGAUCCUGUGCUGUGCUCCAUCCAAUGUGGCUGUGGAUAACCUGGUAGAGCGAUUGGGAGGAGGCAAGAUCAAAGUACUGCGCCUGGGCCACCCUGCCCGUCUGCUGGAAGCAGCACACCAGUACUCACUGGACGCAGUGCUGGCCCGUGGAGAUGCCACCAGCAUCCUUGCUGAUAUCCGCAGUGACAUUGAUAAGGCCUGUGCAAAGAUAAGGAAGGCACAUGGGAAGGGUGAAAGAGAUCAGCUCUGGGCAGAAGUACGUGAGCUACGAAAGGAGCUGAGGACCAGGGAAGAUGCGGCUAUUAUACAGGCCCUGAAGGGUGCGGAUGUUGUUCUGUCCACUAACACAGGGGCCAGCGAUGAUGGGCCUAUGAAGCUGCUUCCUGCCAACCACUUUGACCUUGUGGUGAUCGAUGAGUGCAGCCAGGCACUGGAGUGCAGUUGUUGGAUCGCCCUUCUGAGGGCCUGCCGGUGUGUCCUGGCUGGGGACCACCAGCAGCUACCACCUACUGUCAUGUCUCCCACGGCUGCAUCUAAUGGUCUGGCCCUUAGCCUGAUGGAGCGGCUGAUCCAGAUGCUUGGCAACAGUGUGGUGAGGAUGCUCACAGUCCAGUACCGCAUGAAUGGUGCCAUCAUGCAUUGGGCAUCUGAGCAGAUGUACCAAGGCCGGCUAAUUGCUCACAGCUCUGUAGAGAGCCACCUGCUGAGGGACCUGCCUGGGGUAGUUAGCGUGGAUGAGACGGAUGUGCCCCUAUUUCUCAUUGACACAGCGGGAUCUGGUCUCUUUGAGAUGGAGGAUGCAGAUGAGCAGUCAAGGGGCAAUGAAGGUGAAGCAGAUGUAGUGGCCAUGCAUGUGGAGAGACUAACCAAGUCGGGUGUCAGGGCCAGAGAUAUAGCCGUCAUUGCACCUUACAACCUGCAGGUGGAACUUCUUAGGCAUCGACUCUCUCAUAAACAUCCCCAGCUUGAGAUCAAGUCUGUUGAUGGCUUCCAGGGGAGGGAGAAGGAGGCUGUUGUGCUUUCAUUGGUUAGAUCUAACAGGAAGGGUGAAGUGGGCUUUUUGGCUGAGGACAGGCGGAUCAAUGUAGCAGUGACACGAACCCGGCGCCACCUAGCAGUGGUAUGCGACACACAAACAGUCCGGCACCAUGGCUUCCUUCGCUCCCUGGUGGAUUACAUCAUGGAGCAUGGGGAGGUUCGCACAGCUUUUGAGUACCUGGAGGAUGCUAUGCCUCUGAAUUACAGCCGUGAUCAAGGUGUAGGACAAACACAGAGUCACAGGGCCUUGGCAGGCAAAUCUAAGGACAGGCCACCACAGGAAAAGACAAAUGAACAGAGAAAGGUACUUGAGAAGAAGAGCUAUGCGGUGGACAGACCAUUGUCCCACCAAGCUAAGAAUGACAGACCUUUCCCUUCCACAGGAGGGGAGGAGGUGAACAGACAUGUAGAGGAGCUCAGGGAACAAUUGAUUCAGUUCCUGAAGGACUCAAGUAGAGCCUGCCUGGACUUCCCAACAUCACUGAGUUCCCGUGAUCGACUCAUAGUGCACCAGAUCUCUGAAGAGUUGGGACUCAAACAUGAGAGUGCAGGGGAAGGCAGAGAGCGACACAUCACUGUCUCUCGGGCAACACCCAAGCUGGAGCCAAAGGGGGAACAGGAAAUGCUGGAGCAAGAGAAAGAGCAGCCAGUAGAACCAGCCCCAGCUGACCUUAAUAAGCAGUCUCAGGCAGGGACCUUGAGGACAGGCAAGGUGGACCUGAAAACCCUGCAUGUAGAACGCAUGCAGCGAGAACAAGCCAGAAGGGAAGAGAAGACCCAGGAAUGCAAGAUUCUGGAAGCAGGGAUUCAGGGUCAGACCUCAAAGAAGUCCAAGCGUGCUGCUAAAGAAAAAUGCAGUGCCAAGACAACCACCCUUGUGGCGGAUGACGACUUUGAUGCACUCAUCAGUGCUGCAGUAAAAGCCGACAGCAUUUGUGGCUUUGUGAAGUGUAAAGUUAGCGUGCUGACUCUGGGGCAGUUUUGUGCCUUCUGCAACAAACACUACUGUCUGAGUCACCACAUCCCUGAGAUACAUGGCUGUGGGGACCAUGCCAAGGCCCAGGCUCGAAAGAGAAUAAGCAAAGAGGGAGUACUGUAUGCAGGUAGCGGCCAAAAGGACAGGGCUAUGGACCCAAAUAAAAAGGCUUUCCUGCAGAGAAAGCUGGAGUCCAAGUUGAAAGACCUGGCAUCCCAACGAAAAUCCAAGCCUAGAGAAAAGGAACAGUGAAUAUCAUCCUUGCUACCUUAGAAUCUGUCUAGUUAAAAUUGAAUGCCAUCUUAUUUAUCAAUGUUAAUGUAAUGUGUUUGUAAGAACAAUAAAUUCCCCAAAUCAAUAAAUGCCUCAGUUGCUGUUAGUGCAGUGUUUCAUGUUAUUGCACUGUGAAGGCAUCUAGAAGAUCAACUUGAAAAUGUGAAAUAAAGCCAUUAAAAUCCAGCAAUGCUGAAUCAAUGUAAUGUUUUGACUUGAGGGGUUCAAAUGUGAAUUUUAAAUUGAAUAAGAGAAUUUGUGCAUUAUGUAUUUUCAUAUAGCAAUCAAACAGAUUCCAAGAUAUAAACUGAAACCAAUGACUAGAAUAUCUAUUAAUAAUCACAUUUUUAACAAUUAUAAUUUUGUAUCAUCUCAGCCCUGUAUUGGGCAAAACUUAGGUUUUACACAAACCUAAUGCAAGAGCUAUAUCUUUGUUUUUCAUGCUAUUGUAUAUGGUUUAACUCUUAACUCCCCCAAAUUUUGUGCAGUCCAUGUGCUUUGCCUUCUCUACGAUAGCAACCACUUUCAUUAAGACAAGCAAAAUUGUUGGACACUGAUGUUGCCUAUCCCCUUGUAAUCAUACUUUAACACUAAGGAGGGAUGUGUAGUCACUGGUACUUGGGUCUCAAAGGUUUAUUUUAAUCUGCUUCUUUAUGGUUGGGGAUUUUGUUUUCCACUGGUCAGCUUGCUUAUCUGCUUCUGUUAGCAUUAUUGCUGCUUUUCUUUUUGUGCUCUGUUCUUCAGAACUCUGCGUCGCUCAAAAAGAGCACUCUGGAAAAAUUAAUGGUUUUUUUUUUUUUUUUAUGAUGACCCCAGUUUGCACCCUGGGCGGCCACUGUGUUAGCUAUUCGAUUCAUAAUUGCUCCACUGUCUAUCCCACUGAUAGCUUUCCCACUCAUUGCCUCAUGCUGCUGUGCAGUGCUGCUCUUUUCCUCAUGUCAUUAUUCAGUGAUUCUAUUAGCCUCUGUAAAACUUGUUCCACUACUCUCUCUACAUUGCUUUUAGCUCAACCAUACGUUCUCGAACACCCACCUCUUCACUACUGUCUCCUGUCUUAUAUCAAGUAUCAUCCCAACCACUCUCUACCGAUUUUUAACAUAGUCUACAAGCCUAGUUUAUCACAGUUCUCACCUUUCUGGUCCUUAGUUUUCUUU